AUAGAUCGUGCGAGUGUGUGUGCGUGCGAUUCGUCAGAAAUCAUACGUAGAAACCGUUUCGCAGUUCGCCAGACAGGACGAGAGUGGUUUAAUCGCGCGAUUAUUCCAUCCAGUACGGGCUACAUUGGGCAGUGUUCCGGGUAUUUUCCACUUCUCGUUUGGUAUCGUUGCUGGCAGACCGGGCAGAAGUAGAAUUCUUUGCCCGCAUAGGAGAAGCACCACUCCACCACAUCCUGCCUGCGUGUGAUGAUACUUUCUCCCGUCUUCGGUGUCUCGCCGUGUCGCUGCUGACGGGGAGCGGUGCGCUUUUUUUGUUGCUUUCUUUUCGCGUGUGUCCAGGUGCUGACCGAAGCUUGGCGAAGCUGGCCACAUCCGCUCGGUGGUUGAUUCAUGGUCAGCGGUGAAGAAAAGAAAAUUCUGUAUCGUUCUCGCGUACAAAGUGAUGCGGCACUGUGCGUGAAGUUCCCGCUGCGUGUGUGUGAAGAUAUUUGACGGAAGUUGAGGUGGUGCUAUUGCGGUGCUGCCUUCCCCUCCCACCCCAUAGUUGCGCUCGACACGUUGCCAUCUCCAAUUAGGGCCACCUGUGAAAAGGCGUGCGAUGGUGGUGUAAAGCAAAAAUUGGCCAAAAGUGCAGUGAGAAGAUACGCCGUGAGCAAUCGUUGUGCCAGUGUUCCGAAAACCGUUCCUGCCGUCUGAGACGGGGUGUGCAUUGUUUUCGUCUAGCACCCUUCCCGGCGAACCGUAUCGCGCGGAGUGUGAACCGAUUCUAAAGAACUGCAGCACCCCCGCUCGAAGAACACACACACACACGAUGUAUUUCUACAAACAAAAGCUGCUGCACGCGGCGCAGCUGAAGAAGCUGUACGACCACAAGUAUUCCUGCACCAACGUCAGCCUGAUGGAUCCGUUCCUGCAGCCCUGGUGGUGCUGGCUCGUCUCGAAGGUGCCGCUCUGGUUGGCCCCCAAUCUCAUCACGAUCGUCGGCCUGGCGAUCAAUAUCGCCACCACGCUCAUACUGAUCUCCUACAGCCCCACCGGCCGUGAGGAACCCCCGCGAUGGUCGUCGGCCCUGUGCGGCAUCGGCCUGUUCAUCUACCAAAGCCUGGACGCGAUCGAUGGCAAGCAGGCGCGCCGGACCAACUCGUCCUCGCCGCUGGGCGAGCUGUUCGAUCACGGGUGCGACUCCAUCUCGACCGUGUUUGUCGCCCUGUCGGCCUGUAUCUCCGUCCAGCUCGGCUUCUACCCGCGGUGGAUGUUUUUCCAGUGCUUCUGCGCGAUGACACUGUUCUACUGUGCCCACUGGCAGACGUACGUGUCCGGUACGCUCCGGUUUGGGCGCAUCGACGUAACCGAGGCCCAGUGCACGAUCAUCGGCAUUCAUAUGAUAUCGGCCAUCUUCGGUCCCUCGAUCUGGAUGACGAAGAUGCCGCUCCUCGGUGGCAGCUGGAACUACGCCGUGUGUGCGAUCUUUACGUUCGGAUUCGUGCAAGUGUUCACCACCUUCUGCCAGAGUUUUCGGGCCGGUGGCGUCGGCAAGAACGGCUCCACCGUUGCUCUACCGUUGAUGGGGGGCAUCGACAUAAAGACGGUCCCGCUCUACUUUGCCGUGUUUGUGUUCGGACUGCUCGCCUAUCAGAACGCGUCCGUUAUCUUUACCGGUGGCGUGGGCAAAAAUGGAUCUACUGUCGCUGGCACGAGCGUACUAUCGCCGAUCAUCCCGUUCCUGUUCGUCGUAGUGCCGGCGUACGUGAUCUCGCAGAAAUCGACGGAUCAGAUCUACGAAAACCAUCCCGCCCUGUACAUAAUGGCGUUCGGGAUGAUUACGGCCAAGGUGACGAACCGGCUGGUGGUCGCCCAUAUGACAAAGAGCGAAAUGGAGUACCUUGACUGGGGACUGAUUGGGCCGCUGUGCCUGUUCCUCAACCAGUACUUCAACAGCUUCCUGCCAGAGUACUACGUCCUGUGGUUCUGUUUGCUCUGGUGUACCGUCGAUCUGAUCCGGUACUGUGGGCAGGUGUGUCUGGAAAUUUGCGACUACCUGAAGAUUGAGCUGUUCCGCAUUCCCUACCCACCGAAGCCAGUAAUGACAUCACAAGAAACGGACGAGCUGGACCAGCAGCAGCAGCAGCAGCAACAAUCAAGCAUCAACAACAAUCGUCGCUCGUAUCCGACCACACCGGUGCGUAACCUAACCGUGCCACCGGCGAUGGGCCAACGGACGGCGUCGGAGGACAAUCCAAGCCCGCGCGUGACACCAAACUCAUCGCCCCGCAAACCGCAUCGCGUAUGAGGGAUGUCGGAUGUCGAACUAUCCCAGCAUCAUUAGGAAAAACACCAUCAGGGAAAAAAGGGAACAGAGAACAUGAUGAGUAGAGUUGGAUGGCAGGGUGUUGGUGGUACAUUGUUGGUGAUGGAUAUAGAAUUAAUUGUCGCUACUUGCCAGUGUUCUUUCGUAAGGGAGGAGUGCGAUCGAAAUGGUUUGGUGCAUAGUUUCGCGUUGCUAGGUGUGUGCUAUAUUGUGUGUAGAGGUACGACCAGCGAGGCAAAUCUGUCUCGAGGAAAAGAAAACUGAACUGAUACUGAACUAGGUGUGUCCCAUCCAUCGAACUACUCAGAACUAAGCUUAUGCAAACACUUGAAGAAAUUAAAGCACUGGUAUAAAUGAACAGAAUUAAACCAUUCACUUCUUUGCUCUUACAGCAUCAAGCCGGCACAGUGUGUGUGUGUCCAGUGGUGGAAGACAAUAGUCUCUAACUCUGUGUACAGACAGGAGGACGGUGGUCGCACUAGAAUUUAAUGAAACGAAAACAUUACGGGCAUCACAGACAAAAAAGCAAGCGCAAAAGCAAGUAAACGAUGCUUGUUAGAGUCUUUCGGAGCAGACGUGUACACACGCGUUACAGUCGCUCCACCAGAAACUAGAAGAGAUUGAGUAUAGAAUUAGCGCAAGCGAAAGGAAGACGGACGUCCCUUUUCGAGGGACAGAAGACAGCUAAAAAGACAAUGCACCGUACGUUGUAAGAGCAAUCGAACCAAGAGCGGUUUUUACCAAAAAACCACUAGUUAAAUUGUAACGAAUUCACCCUUCCUGCUGUGUCAGUUGUGUCCGCGCCUCCUUCUCCCCCCCAAGAGGAACAAUGCGUCCUACAACUAGGAAAGGGGAGAAACGGCGGGGGGCAAUAGAAGUUGUUUAGAAAUAUAUUUAUACCAAUAGCGGGUAGUAGUUGUGUGAAGUGAAAGCUGCUAGAAUUAACGAAUGUUCGAGCCGGAAUGUCCGGGCUGUGUGGUGUGGUGUGGUGGUGAAUGGCGCAAUGCAAUAAAAUCGAACACUGUUGCGUGAUAAUUGCUGUUAAAGGAGAA